AUGUCGCUCAGAGGCACACUGAUAGACCAAACAAAGACGUCAAUCCCUAUCGAACCGGUCCAUCGUAGAGAUCAAACAAAGACGUUAAUCCCUAUUGAGCCGGUCCAUCGUAGAGACCAAACAAAGACGUCAAUCCCUAUCGAACCGGUCCAUCGUAGAGACCAAACAAAGACGUCAAUCCCUAUUGAGACGGUCAAUCGUAGAGACCAGACAAAGACGUCAAUCCCUAUCGAGACGGUCCAUCGUAGAGACCAAACAAAGACGUCAAUCCCUAUCGAGCAGGUCCAUCGUAGAGAUCAAACAAAGACGUCAAUCCCUAUCGAACCGGUCCAUCGUAGAGACCAAACAAAGACGUCAAUCCCUAUUGAGACGGUCAAUCGUAGAGACCAGACAAAGACGUCAAUCCCUAUCGAGACGGUCCAUCGUAGAGACCAAACAAAGACGUCAAUCCCUAUCGAGCCGGUCCAUCGUAGAGAUCAAACAAAGACGUCAAUCCCUAUCGAGCCGGUCCAUCGUAGAGACCAAACAAAGACGUCAAUCCCUAUCGAACCGGUCCAUCGUAGAGAUCAGACAAAGACGUCAAUCCCUGUCGAGACGGUCCAUCGUAGAGAUCAAACAAAGACGUCAAUCCAUAUCGAGCAGGUCCAUCGUAGAGAUCAAACAAAGACGUCAAUCCCUAUCGAACCGGUCCAACGUAGAAACCAAACAAAGACGUCAAUCCCUAUCGAGACGGUCCAUCGUAGAGAUCAAACAAAGACGUCAAUCCCUAUCGAGCCGGUCCAUCGUAGAGACCAAACAAAGAUGUCAAUCCCUAUCGAACCUGUCCAUCGUAGAGACCAGACAAAGACGUCAAUCCCUAUCGAACCGGACCAUCGUAGAGACCAGACAAAGACGUCAAUCCCUAUCGAGCCGCCGGUCUAUCGUAGAGACCAAACAAAGACGUCAAUCCCUAGCGAGCCGGUCCAUCGUAGAGACCAAACAAAGACGUCAUUCCCUAUCGAACCGGUCCAUCGUAGAGACCAGACAAAGACGUUAAUCCCUAUUGAGCCGGUCCAUCGUAGAGACCAAACAAAGACGUCAAUCCCUAUCGAACCGGCCCAUCGUAGAAACCAAACAAAGACGUCAAUCCCUAUCGAGCCGGUCCAUCGUAGAGACCAAACCAGAGAAAAACGCAAUCAGAAAUCAUGCGAGACCAGAAGAGACAGAAAUCAAACGAAACUAGCACUCAGGGUAACUAUGCCAACUAUCACAAACACAAACGAGACCAAACAAUGA